UGCCCCGCAACCCAUAAUUAACCAGGAAACCUCCAUCUAUAAUCGUACUUCGGCGUAGUAUCUGCUAGGACUUCGACUGCUCACCAUUGCUUUGAAAUUCUGAGGCGACAAAGCCGGCGACGAUUGUAAUCGCACUAACCACGCACCAAUCACGCUUUGCAAGUUUGCUGCAGACCUACUCCGUCAAGUGACCAGACGGACACGCAGCGAGCAUGUCCUCAAGCGCGGGAGUCAAGAGGCCCAGGACGCAGUCGCUUCCUCCGCCAUCGCUGCCGCAGCUUACUGCUGAGCAAAAGACUCCAAUUGCUCCGAACGACAAGGACACACAGCGCCUGAUAGUUGUCUUGUCAAAUGCUAGUCUCGAGACGUACAAGGCCUCCCAUGGAGGGUCGAGUCGCACUGGCAUGCAUCGCGAAGACAAGUACUCGUUGCUCAACAGUGAUGAGCACAUUGGUGUCCUUCGCAAGAUGAAUCGGGACAUUAGUGAUGCCCGGCCAGAUAUCACCCAUCAGUGCUUGUUAACAUUGCUUGAUUCCCCGAUCAACAAGGCUGGUCUGCUGCAGAUAUACAUCCACACCGCCAAGGGCGUCUUGAUCGAAGUUUCCCCAUCAGUCCGCAUCCCACGAACGUUCAAGCGGUUCGCCGGUCUCAUGGUGCAGCUCCUACACAGGCUAUCGAUACGAUCUACCAACUCGAACGAGAAGCUUCUUCGCGUCAUUCCCAACCCCAUCACCGACCACCUACCUCCGAACUGCCGAAAGGUGACGCUGAGUUUUGACUCGGAGCUCGUUCGUUGCCGCGACUACAUCGAGUCACUGAAACCAAAGGAGAGCAUUUGCGUCUUCGUUGGUGCCAUGGCCAAGGGUACCGAUACAUUUGCGGACUCCAUGGUUGAUGAGAAAAUCUCCAUUAGCCAAUACUCGCUCUCUGCGAGUGUGGCUUGUAGCAAAUUCUGUCAUGCCGUUGAGGACGUUUGGGAUGUGCUCUAAUUGAUCAUACAGGAUGGGUCAAACGGGUCCUUCUAGCGUAUCCGGACGCCAUGUGGUCUGAGCGCGAAGGGCCUCUGGGAAUUUGAGAGACAAGAUGGCCAUGGGCAGGAAGACA